GGUGGCAGCGUGUCACUUUCCAAGUUACCCGCCAGCAAAAGUCAGAGAAGAAGAAAGACUUCCGGCGUGAAGGUCGCUGGCGGCAGGGGGCAGUAGUCGCUGUUCCAUCUUUGCCCGCGAGACUCGCUGAGAAGAGAAGCAAAUUGCGCCGAAACGCUCGAUCACAAGAACCGCCAUGAGUUUGGACGUGAAGAAACUGAAAGUGAACGAGCUGAAGGAUGAGCUCCAGCGGCGCGGCCUGGACACCAGAGGCCUCAAAGCGGACCUGGUGGAGCGGCUGAAGACGGCCAUGGAGGAGGAGGAAGCCCUGGCGGACACCUCGGAACAAGGCGAGCACGGCGACGAGGGCGCCGAGUACAUGGAUGACGACGGCGGGGAUGAAGCACUGGAGGAUGGCGACGAAGCGCAAGAGCAACCAGAGGACUACGGUGAAGAUGAAGGCCCUGCGCUUCUAGAGGAAGACGAGGGCAGAGAUUCAGGUGGUUACUAUGAGGAAGAGGAGGCGGACCAGGAGGCUGAAGUCGAGCCUCACGAGAGUCAGGCGGCGUCCGAUGCUCCCAAACCCGUCGUGACCGCUGAGGAAACCAGCAAACCUGAAGUGAAGCCGAGCGUGGACAUUAAACAAGAAAUUAAAGAGGAUAUUAAAACUGAAGAUGACCCGGAGGCCGCUGGGGACGCCGGGCGGGAGGCCCGCGGGACAGAGCCACAGCGUGGCGCCGAAGUGAAGGUGGAGUCUGACAGGGGACACUACAGCCGAAAGAGACCGCACGAGGAGAGCAGAGGCUACAACUCCUAUGAGCAUCGUGAGGAGAAAAGAUCCCGCACUCCACAGCCACCCGCAGAAGACGAGGAAGAGAACAUUGAUGACACUCUGGUCACUAUCGAUACUUACAACUGCGACCUGCACUUCAAAGUGUCACGGGACCGCUACAGCGGCUAUCCGCUCACCAUCGAAGGCUUCGCUUACCUGUGGGCGGGGGCACGAGCCACUCAUGGGGUCGCCGGUGGUCGCGUGUGCUAUGAGAUGAAGAUCAAUGAGGAAAUUCCAGUGAAGCACCUGCCCAGCUCCGAACCAGACCCCCACGUCGUCCGAAUUGGGUGGUCCCUUAACCACAGCAGCACACAACUCGGAGAGGAGCCCUUUUCUUAUGGAUACGGAGGAACCGGGAAAAAAUCAUCUGACUGUAAAUUUGCCGACUUUGGGGAAAGAUUUGGUGAAAACGACGUCAUCGGAUGUUACAUCGACUUUGAGGGAGGAGAUGAGGUAGAGAUGUCGUUCUCCAAGAACGGAGUCCCACUGGGUGUGGCCUUCAAGGUGACCAAGGAAGACCUGGCGGGCCGCGCACUUUUCCCUCACGUGCUGGUGAAGAACUGCCACGUGGAGUUCAACUUUGGACAGAAGGAGUCUUACUUCCCCCCGCCAGAGGGCUUCACGUACAUCCACAAUGUGGCCCUGGAGGACAAGGUCCGAGGCACCAAGGGACCCGCCAACAAGACCGAAUGCGAGAUGCUGGUGAUGGUGGGCUUGCCCGCCUGUGGAAAGACCACCUGGGCUGUAAAGCACGCAGAGGCCAACCCUGAAAAGAAGUACAACAUCCUGGGCACCAACGCCAUCAUGGACAAGAUGAAGCUGAUGGGUCUGCGGCGCCAAAGGAACUAUGCGGGUCGCUGGGACGUUCUGAUCAAACAGGCGACUCAGUGCCUGAACCGGCUGAUCGAGAUCGCCGCACGCAAGAGACGCAACUACAUUUUGGACCAGACAAAUGUUUAUGGAUCAGCCAGGAGACGAAAAAUGCGUCCUUUUGAAGGUUUUCAACGCAAGGCUAUUGUAAUUUGUCCCACGGACGAGGAUUUUAAAGAGCGAACAUUAAAGCAAACCAAUGAGCAGGGGAAGGAUGUGCCCGAUCAUGCUGUGUUAGAAAUGAAAGCCAACUACACCCUCCCGGAGGUGUGCGACUUCCUGGAGGACGUGAGCUUCGGCGAGCUGCAACGCGAGGACGCUGAGAAGCUGCUGAAGCAGUACAACGAGGAGGGCCGCAAGUCAGCCCCGCCCCCCAAAAAUCGCUUCGAAGACAGGCAGGCUGGGUUCCGUGGCCGCGGCAGCUUCCAGCGCUACGACAGCCGCGACGCCCCUCGCGGCGGGUACCAGAACCGCAGCGGCGACUCUGGAGGUUACAGAGGCUACAAUCGUGGCAGCUACAACCAGAGCCGCUGGAGCAACAACAGCAACAGCAACAACUACCGUGAUGGAGGCUCCGACUCGCGCUCUGGAUACCGCAGCCAGUCGUCUGCAUCCACCUACAGCAGGCCGGCUUCUUACAACAAGGGAGGAUACAACCAACAGGGCUACGGCCAGAACUACAACCAGGGCGCCUACAACCAAGCAGGCUACUCCCCGAGCAGCUACAACCAGAGUUACUAUGGCAACUACAGCCAGUACCCCGGCUACAGUCAGAGCUACAGCCAGCCAGCCGCCACCGCGCAGACCUACCAGCAGCCCCUGCCUCAGCAUCAGCCCCCCGCUCAGCAGCCGCAACAGCAGCAGACCCAGCAGAGCUACAACCAGCAGUAUCAGCAGUACGCUCAGCAGUGGCAGCAGUACUACCAGAACCAGAACCAGUGGAACCAGUAUUACAGCCAGUAUGGGGGCUACCCAGGACAGGGCAGCCAAGGCUCCUCUGGCACCCAGUAGCCCCUCCCCCUUCAGGUCCACCAACCCCCACUCCCCAACACUUCCUGGUGUGGCCUGCCAGCUCGAAGGAGUGGAGUCCCAACAUUCAUUCCUUCAGGUGUCCUUUCUUCUUUUUCCCCCUAAAUCAGUCUUAUGUGACGCGGUGGCGGCGAGGUGAUAGAUGCUAGCUAGCUAGAUGCUAACCUGACAAAGCAGAGAGAUUGAGUGUGAGAAAAGUCCACACUAGAGAUACAUCCACAGCGUGGGCGGGGCGGAGAACAAAAGCAUGCCUUUAACUUUCAUUUAAACUUCUUUUUCGGUUAUGGUAAGCGAGAUCAUUUACUCCUGCAACAUUUUAAGUGUUCAUAAUGCCACUUUUUCAGUAGAUGUAUAAUGCUUCUUUUUUUUAAUCCCCUUGUGCUUGUUGUAGUUCAAAAACUUUUUUUUUUUUUUGUACCAGUGUGGUAAAAACGUAAUAACCCGAGCUGUUUCUUGUCUUUAUACAAUAAAAGCCGUUGUCUACACCUGGACCAAA